AUGUGGGCGGAGUAUAUUGAGUUUGAAUUUGGUCGUGUUCAAAUUAAAUUGGACACUGGUGCAGAGGUUAAUGUGAUGCCAAAAUGUUUGUUAGAUAAAUUAAUUGGGAAAAACUACAAACUCAAACCAACCCCCAUCAUCUUAGAAGUGUAUAGUGGUGCACGACUGAGACCACUUGGUUCUAUAACUUUUGAUAACUGUACCCUAAACGGUAUUUCAAUUGCAUUAGAUUUCAUUGUUGCUGAAGUAGAGUCUGUGCCUCUCUUGAGCUUAGAGGCUUGUGAACAAUACAAUCUCAUAAAUCGUGUAAUCAAUAAGUCAAGUAAGCCAACUUCCAAUGUUUUUCAAGUGUCAAUUAAUGCCUGUGAAACAGCAAUGUUAACUUAUCCUAAUCAGAGUAAACAACCUUAUGCUAAGUUCAAUCAAUCACCUAAAGUAACUUCUACAGAGGAAUCUCUUGAAAAUGAUAGUGCUUUUAAGCAAAUAAUCCUUGAUAAUCCAGAUGUGUUCUCUAAAGAUCCAGGCUGUUUCCCAAACUUGUAUUCUAUAGAAGUAGAUCCCUCUAAAAAGCCUGUAGCAAUCCCAUCUAGAAGGGUUCCUCUCACCAUUAAGGAUAGGUAUCAAUCUUAUUUGCAAAAACUUUGUUCUCAAGAAAUAAUUAAGAAGUGUUCAAAUCCUAGAGGAUACAUUAGUCCUAUUGUCAUUGUAGAGAAGCCAGAUAGUUCACUUCGUAUUUGUUUGGAUCCAAAGCACUUAAAUGAGGCUCUUUGUCGACCUUUCUAUCAAAUUCCAUCCAUUGAGGAUAUUAGUGCAUUGCUAACUAAUAAAAAAUAUUUCACUGUGCUUGACCUCACUACAGGAUUCUGGCACUGUAAGUUAACUGAUAGCUCUAGUGAACUUUGCAAAUUUUCCACCCCAUUCGGAAUCUACCAAUUUCUCAGAUUACCGUUUGGUCUAAGUGUGUCUCCUGAAAUAUUUCAACAAGCUGUAAAUGAUGUGUUUGGUAGUAUUGAUGGUAUUGUAAUGUAUUUUGAUGACUUGCUAAUUGUUGCUGAUUCUGAAGAGAAGCAUGAUCUAAUAUUUCAAGCAGUAAUUCAAAGGGCCAGAGAAAAUAAUGUUCACUUCAAUCCUGAUAAAAUUCAGUAUAAGAAAACAUCAGUUAAAUUCCUAGGUCACAUAUUUUCUCAAUGGGGCAAAUCAGUAGACCCAGAUAGGAUAGAAGCAAUCAAAAAGCUUAAAAAUCCAACUAAUAUUAAAGAAUUGCAAAGACUCUUAGGAAUUGUAAAUCAUUUAAGGGAAUUUGUGCCCAACUUGGCUGAUGACACAGCCUGUCUAACUCAACUAAUGAAAAAGAAUGUUCAUUUUGAAUGGCUUCCAUUCCACUCAGAUGCCUUAGAUAGUAUUAAAGAUAAAAUUUGUCUAAAUAUAUCUCUGGUAGUGUUUGAUCCCAAGAAAUCCAUAGAAAUCCAGUGCGAUUCUUCGCAAAAUGGAAUUGGGACAUGCCUUAUGCAAAAUGGUAGACCUGUAUCAUUUGCCUCUAGGAGUCUAACUCAGUCAGAACGUAACUAUGCCCAAAUAGAAAAAGAGCUGUUAGCCAUAGUCUAUUCUGUGCAAAAAUUUCACUAUUAUCUGUAUGGUCAAAAAUCAAUUGUUGUGUACUCUGAUCAUAAACCACUCAUUCCUAUAUUUAAGCAACCUCUCUCUGAGGUCUCAUCAAAGAGGCUGGCACGGCUACUUUUGAAAACACUUGCUUAUGACUUGAAGGUACAGCAUGUACCCGGUAAAUUAAUGCAUAUAGCCGAUGCCCUAUCAAGGGAUUUUUUGCCCUGCCAGCCGAAUGAUGAGGUACUCAUGACCCAAGUGCAUAGUGUGUCAUCUGUAAUUGUAACAAAUGUAGAAAAACAAUAUGCUAAAGAAACGUUGAGUGAUGAAACUCUCCAACAAGUUAUUGAUUUUUAUAAUAAUGGAUGGCCAAAUAAUUCUAGAUCUUUAAAUAACAACUUAAAGAAAUACUUUGCAAUCAGAAAUGAAUUAACAGUUGAAGAUAACUUAGUCUAUUUCAAAAAUAGGUUAGUCAUUCCAAAUAGUCUACAACAUUCUACCUUGAUUCAGUUGCAUUCUGGACAUCAAAAAAUUGUUAAAUCUAAAGCCUUAGCUCAACAAACUGUUUUCUGGCCAGGUAUUAAUUUAGACUUAGAAGCAUUUGUUGCUAAAUGUUCUGUUUGUGCUGAAGUUGCACCAUCCCAGAAAAAGUUAAACAUGAUUCAACAUGAUAUCCCUGAUUUACCCUGGUGGCAAAUCGCAGUGGAUAUCCUUGAAUAUAAAGGCCUUUUCUAUCUUGUUGUCAUAGAUUAUUACAGUAAAUGGAUUGAUGCUAUUCUGAUGAAAGAUAAAACUGCUCAUACUGUUGUAGAUAUACUAAGUUUCUUGUUUUCUGUUCAUGGUGUUCCAAAAGUAUUAUUUGCUGAUAAUAACCCAUUUAAAUCCUAUGUUUGUACUGAAUUUGCUGAGCAACAGAACUUUACUAUUGUGACAUGUAGCCCUCAUUUUCACCAAUCAAAUGGGCUGGCUGAAAGAGCCGUUGGUAUUGUAAAAUCAUUUUUGAAAAAAUGUUUUAGAGACCCCAAAGCAACAUUGCAAAAUUGUUUGUUACAAUAUAGAAUAACUCCUAUUGCUGGGUUGGGGGCCUCACCAGCUCAACUACUUAUGAGUAGGCAAUUAAGAUCGUCACUGCCAAUUCAUGUUAGUAAAUUAAAACCUGCUGUAAUUCCUAAUGUCAAAACUUUGCUAACUCAAAAAUCUAAUUUAACUAAACAGCAUUAUGAUAAAACAGCUAAUAGUAAAGAAUGUACUUUCAGUCCAUCUGAUUAUGUCUUCAUGCAAAACCCCUUCACAAAGGAGUGGGAACCUGGAAUUAUAGUAGAAAAGUGUGAUGAGCCCAGAUCAUAUUUUGUGAAAAAUAGUGGGACCUCUCGGGUGGUGAGGAGAAAUGUAAAAUUCUUAAAACCUAAUCCUUCUAGUCAACUAAAACCUUACUGUACACCUGUUUAUAUGUUACCAGCUGCUUCAAAUAAUGUUCCAGUUAAUCAAAUUCCUAUUGUUAAUGAUAAUGAAAUCCCUCAAAAUAAUGCAGACCCAAAUUUGAAUCAAAAUGUACUUAAUCUCAAUGAUAUUGAUGAUAAUUUAGAGCGGUGGAGGGAACAAAUAAGAAAUAGAAUGGAAAAUGUACCUGUUAAUCGGACCAGGACUCGUGUCAUUAAAAAACCUGAUCGCCUAAAUUUGUGA